AUGUUCUUGCCUCGCAAGCUGCAAAAACGAUCAAAUGCUAGUCGCACCACGCACCAGAAUACAGCCCAACCGGCUGUCUACGGGUCCACCGACCAUGUCGUCGAGGUUGACCCAGACGUUGGCUCGAACAAUAAGGCACAGGCCUUGGAAGACUCAACUCUGAUCGACCUUCAGAACAAUACGUUCAUCGGCCAGUCUUCAGUUUCUCCCCUCCAAUCCCAACGUUCCACAGCCGAGGCGGCCAAGCUCGAUCGCCUCGUCGACUUUCUCUACAUGCGCCUGUCCCCACUAAAUUCAUCGGCCAGCGACUUGAAUCAAUCGGAAGAGGAAAAAAAAUCUAUCGCCGAGCUAGAUCGCAGCAUUUUGGUCAACGCCGAAGCGUUGCGCGAACCAGACGAGGUGUCUCUUUACUACACCACACCUUUCAGAGCGCGCAAACCUGCAACUGUCCACCUGGCACGUCUCUUGGUUCUGGUUCCGCGACUCGCUACGCGCUGCAAAUCCAUCAGUCUCCUGAACGACGCGUUGCAGCUACUUGCCCAACGGUCAGCAGUCAAUUGGUUUGUGGUGCACAGCCAUGCGUGUUUGCUCGAGUGGCUGCCGCCUUACAUCCGCUUCAAGGAUUCCGUCUCCACCUUCAGCAGUCCAUCCGUCUGGUCCUUACAGCUGGCGCCGUUGCUAGUGUACGUCGAGUCCCUUCCGCCCAGGGUUCGAACGAGGUCAGAGGCGGCUGCAUAUCUUUACCAGACGAUGUGUUGUCAUUCACACGAUUAUCCUGGCUUUCAGAACUCUGGGAUCAUUGUCAGUGUACUCGAACCGAGCAUCGUCGAUCAACACCUCAUGACGAGUCACAAUUCAAGUUUGCCUGCUUCCAUCUUGGAAGGCAAAUGGACGUCUGGUCGAGCUUUUUUUCUCUUGAAUUCAGAGCAGCAUGUCAGGGAUCUUUGCCGCACACAUCCAUGGGACUUCUUCGCUAGAGCAGCUGUCAAGGCAGAACACAAGCGAAUCAAGUUGAUUCACGACCCAUUUGAGCCCAUACGGUGCCUCUCAUGGGCCGAUUGGGUCGAUAUGAAAGAGCAGUACUCUACAUACAAAGAGCUGGUGAAGGAAGCGAUACAGACACAGUCAUCGACCCAGGAUGAUGUCCAAUCAAAUGUCGAUCGUACAUCGAUCGGUGCCAGGGCCGUCCACGACGAGCGCAAAAAGCAAUACACAACCGACUUUUCUAAAAACCAUAACGGUAGUGGACGCGCAACCGAAUGCAACAAGUGGUAUCGAGGAUCAAUCUUGCUCCUCUCUCUUCAAUCGACUCCUGAUGCCAGCGCUGCAUUGGCAGUGCCGCCUUUUGAUUCGCCGUCUCAAAUCACAACAGCUUUCCUGAAUCAACAUCUCAAGCCACGACUCGAACAGCGAGUGCCCGAGGCCGUCUCCUACAUCCAUCCCCGGCAAUUACCAUCCGCAUCAUUCAGCUCAGUUGAGGGUACUGUUGAGGUGGUUAUACGAACCGCACAUCCCAGUUUUGCCGACCAGCUGCUCACACAAUUUCACCAGCUCCGGAGGAUGGACGAAUUGGCAGAAGACCGGUAUUGGUCCGAUAUGCCCGACAAACCGCGCAGCCGCGCAUUCGGCCGAAUGUGCCGACUCGGCGCCAGCUUCACCCAGACUGGCCCCAACUAG